GUGCGCAUCGUCUCCGUGCUCUUCGCGGUUUGCCCUUGGCUUUUAUGCGCUUGUGAAGUUCCGUUAGUCACGUCGCGCGGAUGGGAGUGUUUUCCCCAGUGGGUUAAUAAUUGACGUGGGUGCCUCUUGGCGGCGUUAAAGAAAUCGAUGUGAAAUGGCCGCAAUAAUGUGUUCGUAAAAUCCUGAGCAGGGGAGUUGGCGUUGAAGGGGGAGAAGCAGGAGAAGGAGGGAGAAAAAACCUGGGCAGAGGUUAAGAGUCACUGGUAGGACUUAUGACGUGGUUUACUGGGCAAAAUGAGGAAGUGAGGGUUAAAAGCUGACGUUUGCGAAGCUACAUUUCAUUUGUCGGCUGUUGAGCGAGAUAAGUGUCCCAUAUUUGCCCAUUUUUUCCUGCUUUGAACGGGAUGUCCUGAGAUCUGGAGCUCCGCUUGUGAUUGGACGUUCACUGCUCGAAUGGACAGUCAGCACACAGCCAGGAAAGUUUACUGCACCGCGGGAUGACACUCAGGAUUUAACUGGCAAUUAUUACAAGGUUUUAAGUUUUCUCAAUUACUUGUUUCCUGGCUGCUGUGAGCAUGGCGCUUUAUGUCCAAGGGCUGAGUAAAGGAGUGCUCAACGGAGAGAUGUCUCACUUCCAGGAAAUGAUGCGGCAACAGCUGGAGAGCUCCAUACACUGCGAGAUGGAGAAGUUGCUGGACACCGCAGCGGGCGUGGAAAGAGAGGCGUGCAAAAAAGACUUUGAAGGCUUCAGGAGUCUCUUCCACAGAUUCCUGCAAGUGAAGGGUCCGUCGGUGGAGUGGAUCAAGAUACAGCGACCGCCGGAGGACUCAAUCCAACCAUAUGACAAGAUUGCGGCACGAGGCCUGCCAGAGGGCGUUGCUGACAGCCUGAACAAGCUGGUGGUGGUGAAGCUGAACGGGGGUCUCGGUACCAGCAUGGGCUGCAAGGGUCCCAAGAGUCUGAUCAGUGUCCGCAACGAGAACACCUUUCUGGACCUUACAGUGCAGCAGAUAGAGCAUCUCAACAAGACGUACAACACCGACGUUCCACUGGUGCUCAUGAACUCGUUCAACACGGAUGAAGACACCAAGAAGAUUCUGCAGAAGUACUCGCACCACCGCGUCAAGAUCCACACCUUCAACCAGAGCAGGUAUCCUCGCAUCAACAAAGAGUCGCUGCUGCCUGUGUCCACCAGCCUGAGUACGGCAGGCCAAAACGCCGAAGGCUGGUACCCGCCGGGCCAUGGCGACAUCUACGCCAGCUUCUACAACUCGGGCUUGCUGGAGCAGCUGAUUGCCGAUGGCAAAGAGUACAUCUUUGUGUCCAACAUUGACAACCUGGGCGCCACCGUCGACCUCCACAUCCUCAAUCACCUCGUGGGGCGGCACAAUGGAAAACGAUGCGAAUUUAUCAUGGAAGUGACGGACAAGACGCGCGCUGACGUCAAGGGUGGCACGCUGAUCGAGUACGAGGGCAAACUGCGUCUGCUGGAGAUCGCUCAGGUGCCCAAAGCGCACGUGGAUGAGUUCAAGUCAGUGUCCAAGUUCAAGAUCUUCAACACCAACAACCUUUGGAUCUCGCUGGCCGCCAUCAAGAGGCUGCAGGAGCAGAAGGCCAUGGACAUGGAGAUCAUCGUCAAUACCAAGACGCUGGAUGGAGGUCAGAAUGUGAUCCAACUGGAGACAGCGGUGGGUGCCGCCAUCAAGUGCUUUGACAACGCCAUGGGCAUCAACGUUCCCCGUAGCCGCUUCCUGCCAGUUAAAACCACCUCGGACCUCCUGCUGGUCAUGUCCAACCUGUACAGCCUUCAUGCCGGAUCUCUCACUAUGAGCCCCCGUAGGGAGUUCCCCACCACUCCACAUGUGAAGUUGGGGAGCUCCUUCACCAAGGUGCAGGAGUAUCUGACGCGCUUCGAGAGCAUCCCCGACAUGCUGGAGUUGGACCACCUGACUGUGUCCGGAGACGUCACCUUCGGCAAGAACGUCUCACUCAAGGGUACGGUGAUAAUUAUCGCUAACCACGGCGACCGCAUUGACAUACCUGCCGGUUCCAUGUUGGAGAACAAGAUUGUUUCGGGGAACCUGCGCAUCCUGGACCACUGAGGCCACGCCCAGGUGUCCUAAGACCCCACCCACCGCCUGCCUGGCUUCAUCCCAAUCAUGUGACCUUUUUUUGUUAAGAGACGCUGCCCCUGAUGGCCAGCAAACCGCACUACAACCCUCACGAGUGAAUUCAGUAGAACGUGAUACUACAGUAUUGUUGCGUGCUAACAUGGACUCGAGUAGUCUGACUGAAAUUAAGCGAAAGGCCUUAUGUACCCAUUGUAUCACAAUGUUGUGCUUUAUUUUUCCUUUUCUUGUACUUUUCUUUGUGUCAUCAAUCAUCAUGAGAUGCCAAACAAACACAGAGCGAGAGUGAAAGCAGCAAUAAGUUGUUGAAGAGUGUCUUAGGUCUGAUUAAAGUGCAAUAGCAAACAUUCAACUAUAA